UAACAGAGUUAAACGCAAUGUCGCGAAAGAUUUAAAAACGUCACAAACCAGUGAUUGUGAACGUCUCGAUCAAGAACUAAAGAUAAUCGGCCAGUACGGUCUGAGGAAUAAACGAGAAGUAUGGAGAGUCAAGUUUCUCUUAGCCAAAAUAAGAAAGCUGGCUCGAGAUUUGUUGACCCUUGAAGAAAAGGACCCAAGGCGACUUUUCGAAGGCAACGCUCUUCUACGAAGAUUGGUGCGAAUAGGUGUUCUAAGUGAAGAUCGCAUGAAGCUCGAUUACGUUUUGGGCCUUAGAAUUGAAGAUUUUCUCGAACGUCGUCUUCAGACGCAAGUUUUCAAAAAAGGGUUGGCAAAGAGUAUUCAUCAUGCCAGAGUAAUGAUCUUGCAGCGACACAUCAGGAUUUAUAUAUAUCUUCAUCUUCAUCUUCCAUCUCCGCUUCCUUUCGGGUCGCGGAGGCAGAUGCGUCAGACAGUGCUUCCAACGUUCCCG